AUGUCUUGGCAAGGAUUUAAAAAGGCAGUGAGCAGAGCCGGGGCCUCCGUUACCGUUAAAGAUGUUGAUAAGACGAUUGAUAAAGACUUUGAUGUAGAGGAAAGAAGAUACAAAACAUUGAAGACUGCUGGACUUAACUUGCAGAAAUCAUCGAAGGGUUAUCUAGAUUCACUAAGAGCAGUUACAGCAUCUCAAGUUACAAUUGCAGAAAUCGUAUCUAACUUGUACGAAGAAGCUAAACAGGGAGCCUCAAUAUAUUCAAACAUUGGAAAUAUUUAUUUACAGACUGUUAGGGAUUUCGAUGAAGAGACUGUUAAACAGAUGGAUGGGCCAUUUAGAGAAACUAUUUUGGAUCCAAUCGGCAAAUUUGCCGCUUAUUUCCAUGAAAUCGACGAAGCUAUAAAGAAGAGAUCUCACAAGAAGAUUGAUUACGAUCAAUGCAAGGCAAAGGUCAGAAAAUUGAUCGACAAACCUGCAAAGGAUGCGGGAAAAGUACCGAGAGCAGAAAAAGAAUUGUCAAUUGCUAAAGAUAUUUUUGAGGAAUUGAAUGAACAACUUAAAAGCGAGUUGCCACAAUUAAUAGCAUUGAGAGUACCAUUUUACGAUCCAUCGUUUGAAAGUUUGGUCAAGAUUCAAUUAAGAUUUUGCACCGAAGGUUAUGCAAGAUUAGCACAAGUUCAGCAGCAUUUAGAGCAAACAUCAAGAGAUGAAUACGCCAACGGUUUGUUAGAUGGUAAGAUCGAUGACUUAUUAGGUCAAAUGAACAAUCUUAAUAUCGCUACAUUGGGCCAUAAGUGA